UUCUGUUCCUUUUAAUUGAGUUUUGUACAAUGUGAUGAGUUUCAGAGAGAACCCAUUGACAUAUAUAUAAGUAUGUGAUGAUUAAUUAUACCACAGCGUUGUUGAAUACUAAUUUCUAAUUGGCUGAAAGGGCAUUCUAAAAUGGAUAUUAAAACCAGCUAACGGGAGAGUUGAAAAAUAUAUUGUGCCAGUUGGAAAAUAAAUUGGGACACCUUGCAAUCAUGAUGCAUUAUGUGCCUACACAUGCAGACCGUACUUGCUACAAAAUUACAAAAAGCUAAACCAACAACCACACAAACCGAAAUUGGAUACAUUGUAAACGCAGGUACAACGGGGAUAAACUUCGCUAGCUGUCAUUGAUUUGUUUUUGCAGACUUUUUUUGAGCAUCUGAUGACCUAAUGUGGACACAAAAGAUCUCCGCUUCGAGAGUCAUCUGCAAGUUAUGUUGUCUUGGGAAGACCCUGAUUUAUCAUGGGACACAUCAGUCUAUCAUCAUGAUAUGGUGGUCCUGCCUGUCAGCAAAAUCUGGACUCCUGAACUCCAUGUGACUAAUGGAGUGCAAACAACGAUAAAGCACAGCAACAAGGAUUUACUGGUGCACAGCAACGGGACUAUAGAGCACAUGGUCAUCAUGAACACUGUGGUGGGCUGUGAGGUCAAUCUGUACAAUUACCCCUUCGCUUCAGAUUUCUGCCCCAUCGCCAUCAAUGUAUGGGCACUUAAAGGAUGUGGCAUGUUCCUGAACUUUGGGAAUGUGAGCACAACUAGUGCAAACCGUGGAGACUGGCUAACCGAGAACGUGAAACUCGAUGCGAAAGGAGGCAGAGAUGAUCGCAACUAUCUAUGGGUGUCGCUGAAAAUGCGGUCUGAAAACCCGUUUCUGUCCCUGGUCCUGCCCAGUAUACUGAUCAUUGUGGCAGAUGUGGUGAGCUUCUCCCUGCCACUGGGGAGGGGCGAGCGUAUCUCAUUCAAGGUUACACUGGUUCUCAGCUUCAUCAUGUUCCUCAUCAUCCUCAACGACCUACUGCCUGGAGGAGGCCAGUGCAGCCCCAUCAUCCGAAAGCACUUCUGUUUCUGUUUGGUCAUCCUGGUGUUGAGCACGUUGCAGUCUAUGGUGCUCACACGCCUGGCUAAGUGUGGCACUCUCUGGCCCUGCAGCCUCUCCAAGUCCAAAGACUCACUACUUAAAGACACAGACAAUGAAGAGGAAUCCAAGUCUGAUAUUAAAGCCUCAGCGGAAGAGAAGAAUACAGCCCUCCAGAAGGUGGUGAAGUUUCUCAACAAAAUGGCUGCACAAGACCAGAAAAAUGCUAUACACCAUCGCUUUGCCAACAAAGUGGACUUGAUCUGUUUCUGUAUCUAUCUCACCAUUCUCAUUGUUUAUGCAGUCGUCAUUUUAUAUUUCUCCUUUGGUUCUCAAUGUAAGAUCAACCAAUUAGAUUUCUGGUCAUAAAUUCUUUAUUCGCUUUUAACAACCAUUU